AUGAUCGAGGACGACUGCGCCGACAACGGCAUCCCGCUCCCCAACGUCAAUUCCAAGAUCCUCGCCAAGGUCAUUGAGUACUGCAACAAGCACGUCCACGCCGCCGCAGCGGACACCACCAACCCCUCCGGGGGCGGCGAGGACCAAGAAUUGGGACGCGGAGUUCGUCAAGGUCGACCAGGCUACGCUCUUCGACCUCAUCCUGGCUGCCAACUAUUUGAACAUCAAGGGAUUGCUGGACCUGACCUGCAAGACGGUGGCUGA